CAAGUCUGGGCACACUUCCUCGGUUUUUGGUUUAGUUCUCUUUCUCCGAAUUAUAAAAAACAAAUUUAAACGAUCGCGAAACGAUCCCCGCUUUGGUCACUUCACAGACGACUCUGUCAUCUACCGACAACUGUUCCCCCAAAGCCCCAAUCUCCGUCGGAAACUGCGUGGCGCGCCGCUGAAGAGGAAGCAGCUGAAGCAGAAGUACCCAACCAUAACAACAACAACAAUACUGGAGAGGUGAAACAAAGGAGACGCAAACUUAAAAACAAUUAAGCGGCUACUUGUGGUCGUCGCAUCGUUGGAACAUCACGUGAUUCGGGGCCGUAUUUAUAUCUGGAAUCUCUAGUCUAGAGCCUUCCGAUAGUCCUGCGAGCGUGCGCUAGUUUACAUAACCGAGCAGAGGAGGAGGCAGCGCUGCAGCAGAGCAAAAAACAGGCGAAGAGCAGGGGAGGAUUUGGGCUGGAAAGCGCGAAGGAGAGGCAGCAGGAGGAAAAGUCAGCCUCCUACCCAUUAUGAACAACCUAGCCGACACUGUGGUAGUGGACCCCGGAUUCGGAGGUGGCGACAAGCAGCAGCAGGCCGGACCAGCGCCGCAGGAUGCCAGCGUUGUGGUGCCCCCGCCGGCCACCAAGCAGUCAUCGGCACUGAAGAAGACCAGUCGCUAUCGCAGCCGAUCGCUCAGCGCCUCCUCGACGGACUCCUUCAGCUCGGCCAGCUACACGGGCAGCAGUGAGGACGGCGAUGAUGUACCGCCACGCGAAAAGGUCCAGAAGAACUCGCGCGGCAGCUCGGACUUUUGUGUGCGCAACAUUGCUGCCCAGCAUGCGUUUGGCAGGAGGGAGAUUGAGAUUGCCGAGCAGGAGAUGCCUGGAAUUAUGGCGCUGAGGAAGCGGGCGGCGGAGGACAAGCCUCUGAAGGAUGCCAAGAUUGUGGGCUGCACGCACAUCAAUGCCCAGACGGCGGUGCUCAUUGAGACGCUGGUGGAACUGGGCGCUAGUGUACGCUGGGCUGCCUGCAACAUCUACUCCACGCAGAAUGAAGUUGCUGCCGCCUUGGCAGAGUCUAACAUCCCGAUCUUUGCUUGGCGCGGGGAGACGGAGGAGGACUUCUGGUGGUGCAUCGAUCGGUGUGUGAAUGCGGAGAACUGGCAGCCCAACAUGAUCCUGGACGAUGGCGGCGAUGCCACGCACUUGAUGCUGAAAAAGUACCCGACCAUGUUCAAGCUGGUCAAGGGCAUUGUGGAGGAGAGUGUCACUGGAGUGCAUCGCCUCUAUCAGCUGUCCAAGGCCGGCAAACUGACGGUGCCGGCGAUGAAUGUCAACGACUCGGUGACGAAGACCAAGUUUGACAAUCUGUACAGCUGCAAGGAGUCCAUUCUGGACAGUCUGAAGCGUUCCACGGAUGUCAUGUUCGGCGGCAAGCAGGUAGUCGUCUGCGGGUACGGCGACGUGGGCAAGGGCUGUGCCCAGGCCUUGAAAGGGCAGGGCUGCAUCGUCUACAUAACGGAGAUCGAUCCGAUCUGCGCUCUGCAGGCCAGCAUGGAUGGCUUCCGAGUCGUCAAGCUGAACGAGGUGAUUCGCAACGUGGACAUUGUGGUGACGGCGACGGGCAACAAGAACGUGGUGGUGCGCGAGCACAUGGACAAGAUGAAGAGCGGCUGCAUCGUCUGCAACAUGGGCCACUCCAACACCGAGAUCGAUGUGAACGGCCUGCGCACCCCGGACCUGACCUGGGAGAAGGUGCGCUCCCAAGUGGACCACAUCAUUUGGCCGGAGGGCAAGUAUAUCAUCCUACUGGCCGAGGGCAGGCUCGUCAAUCUCAGCUGCUCCAGCAUCCCCUCCUUUGCGGUGUCCAUUACAUCGGCCACCCAGGCUCUGGCGCUGAUCGAGCUCUUCAAUGCUCCGCCCGGCCGAUACAAGUCCGACGUUUAUUUGCUGCCCAAGAAGAUGGACGAGUAUGUGGCCAGCCUGCAUCUGCCCACGUUCGAUGCCCAUCUGACGGAGCUGAGCGACGAACAGGCCAAGUACAUGGGCCUCAACAAGGCCGGUCCUUUCAAGCCCAACUACUAUCGCUACUAGGCUAGGCUAGGAUGCACUUGCGCACGGAAAUGCGGACAAUAACACCACGAUAACAACAACAACAACAAC